UAGUGUAGAAACGCACCCAAUCGCAGGAAAUGUCGUCUUAACUUUCAAAAAUGUUCCUCUCUUUUUGUCAGUUUUCCUCCUUUUUUUAAUGCUCACAUGCCUGAACUUUGAACAACAGUAUCAGUUGCUAUGUAGAAUAGCACUUUUCAUCAUUUUCAACAGACCGCAUUGCACAGCGAUUAACCCCACCCCCUUCCCCUCAAGUGAGAUCCACCCAGGAAUGGGACCACAUGAAUCCCUUCCCUUCUCUGAAAUUAAAAGAUUGGCGCCGUUUUGCAAUUAACGCUACGCAGAGCGUCUUAAGUUGAUCCUAUAUAUCCUCAGGGUUUGAUGUCGAUAAAUAACUUGAUGACGGACGAUUUUGACACUGUGACGACUCGGCUCAUUCUCAAUUUUAGCACAGAUCUGUCUUGUUUCGUCACUUCUCCUGUAGAUUCGUCCUAACGUAGACCGACAUGCUUAGCGGGGCUUAAUUUUUUGUACUGGUUGGCAAACCAAAGACUGUCAGGCACUUUAGUCCGUCAUAGCAACUUGAGUAAUGUGAAGAAAAUGCAUUUCAUCCUCAUAUUUAGUUAUUUUUUUUCUAUGUCUUAAUACAUUAGAUAAAUAUUUCCUUAAAUUGUCCAUUCAUACACUGCAUUAUUUCGCACAUGUCUAAUGAACAUAAAAAUAGAUUUUAAAUACGGGAGGGCUUCGCUACACGUUAAAUCUUAAUAUUUAACGGUGACAGCAGAGUAAGCUUACUCUUUACUGUUUUUGUAGAUUAGAUGUGAAUGCUUAACACUAUUUCCAGGGGUCGCCUCGCUGCCGUGCUAAAAAUAUUAGCAUCGGGUUAAAAUGUCAUCUCUUUUGAGUUAGCUUCUGUUGUCCAAAAAAAAUAAAUGGUUUCCGGUAGCAACACUAAUGUAAACAGCUGGAAGGUUUUCUUUUGGAGGUUUAACCGCUACCUGGCCUACAGUAUGCAAGUGACAGAAGUGGAGCACUUUUUUAGUAGUUUUAGGAAUAUUUAGCUGAUACAGAGGAUGUUGCUAAAUGCUAAAGCUCGAAACUAACUUUUCAAAGCUUUAAAAAAAAAAAAAACACACAAAAAAGUGGAAAUUUCCAUUAUGAUGCUGUAGCAAUUGAUUUCAGGCUGUAUUUCGAAUUGAGUGGUAUUUAAAUAAUUUAACCAAUGUAGCGUCAUUACUUUCCUCUUUUUUUUCCCCCCCUUCCUUCCGCGAUGAUAUGAAUGCAGCACUGUUCUGCUAAAAAUGCACAAAUAUUUGAGCUGUGAUGUGAUACUGGCGGAAGGAUUUGGAUCUGCGGACAACGAGCCAGAUUUGGUUCCCGGUGCCUUGUGGGAAAAAAAUAUUUCUUUGUGUGACAAAUCCCGGUGUGAAAGGAAAAAGUCAGCAGGCGGUGUUUACAGGUUGUGACUCCAACUCUACGGUUAUCAUCACCAGCAUAUACUUGUAUAUCAUUAACUAAACAACCGCGUAUUCAAUUUGCGUUGCUUAGAAUUGAUUAAAUUGAUUCUGGUUCAUAUAUUAGCAUGGGUCUUACAUUCGUGCUUUCAAUCCACCGGUUUUUUUUACGUAAUUCAUGGUUAGGCCAUCGCAGAAUGAAUAUAAUAAUGUCUUAAAUUUGUUUGCUAUGCGCUUUUUCUUUGUUUUAGUCGAUUUUGUAGCUUUCGGAAUUUUUUUAUUUUUAACACAUGAGGUCUUUGAACGCACCACGGGCACAAUCUUUUUACACUUCUUGCCCCCUCGCCCCUCUCCCCUUUUUUUUUUUUUUUUUUUUUUUUUAAGCAUUAAAAAAAAAAUUCCCCCACCAGUAAAAUAAUAGCAAAGAAAUUGGAUGGCAUGGACCUUGUUUUGGAGUUAAUUUUUUUUGACUGGUUUUAUGAGAAAUCUGGAAAUAUCUUAUGUGAAGCUGAACUUUCAUCUUCUACUUGUAAACUUGGAGCACCCCUUUAAAAGAAAUCAAUAAACUUGAUUUGAUAGUCUUUUGAAUUUAAGCCUCAGCCUCCUCAAUUCAUAGAAAGUAGUAGUAGUAAUUGAACAUCUUGUCCCAAAAUGAAAUACUGAUUAUAGUAGCAUCCUUUUUCUUCAUCUUUAGCAUCAAGCGUUGGAAUUGGGGGUUAAAUCACCAAAAUGAUUCCCGAGCGCGACCACCGCUGCUGCUCACUGCUCCCCUCACCUCCCAGGGGGUGGAACAAGGCGAUGGGUCAAAUGCAGAGAGUCAUUUCACCACACCUAGUGUGUGUGUGACUAUCAGUGAUACUUUAAUUUUAACUUUCAGCUGUUAUUCCACAUCUCUUCCACUUUGAGGCACUGUUGAGUCAAUCUGAAGCUGAGCUACUGGAGUGACAACAGUUGCAUAAUUAUUUCUUCUUGGCAUCACAAUUUGGACAAUUGAAUGGGUCCAACCUUGUUGGCACACUUCGAUGGUUUUGGUGUGGCAGAAGAAGGCCAUCAAAGACGUUUGGGAUAAACUAGAAUUUUGCAGCAGUGGCAAAGAGUCCCAACAUAAAUAAUCCUGGCCCCGCCUACUCAUCUUCUUUGCCUACGCCCCCUUUAAGUCCCAAAAUACAUAGACAAACCUGUUGCUCUCAAACACAAAUGAGCCACUGAGCUGGGGCAAAGACCGGGAUGGGACAGAAGCCAGUUCCUUGCGGAUGGUCGGUCUGAGCAUGCAUCCUUCCGUUUCAUUUAAGGAACCUGAUCCGAUUGUGUGAUGUUGCCCUCCGUGAUGACUUGAUGUGGAGGUUUUUUUUCCAUUAUUUAUAAAUACCUUCUAAAUAGAAGAUAGAACCGAAAGAAGAGUCAAGUUGAAAGAAGUCCAAGAUCUUUGAUUAGACUUUAAUAAGUAGCUGGCAAGGACUUGUGAUCCUUUUAAUAGUUCAACCUGCUGGAUUCUAAGUAUGGACCAAGUAGGUAUCUGUUGAAAGAGAAAGAACAAGAGAGUCCUAAAUCGACAACACUUGCAUCUGGAUUCAUCCCGGUGAGACUUCCCAAUAAAGCCAUGGACGAAUGCGCCAAAGGUCCCACGGAGAAGAUGAUGAACGAGGCUGUGGCCCGUUUCAACACCACCUUGCAGGCGGCCGUGAAGGAAGUCCACGUGGACGUGAGCGCCUUCAAGCAGCGCAUCGAGCAGCGUGUCGAUGAAAUGAGCAGCUCCAACCGGCCCCUGGUGGAAGCCGUUAACAUGCUUCAGGAGGAGAACCUGCAGCUGCGCUCCAAGCUGGAGGCCCUGAGUCGCCUGGUGGAGAGUCUGGCCGGGGUGCAGAUCGACAGGAGUUCCCCCGGUGGGUCGAAGGGGGCUAAUAGUGCGGAGAACGGACUUAAGGAGAUGCAGUCCAGGAACCGGGAAGGCCAGAGGGGCCUGGUAGUUCUGGCUACAUCCUCUGAAGAGUCAAUCGGAUCUGCAUGGAGAGCGAAAAAACUGAUGGCAAUGAAUGGGGUGGAGACCAAGGUAACGGAACAGCGGAACGGAACGCAAGCCCAGGGGCAGCUUGGUGGUCUCUUCGAACCUCACCUUCCCAUCACCGCCGUGACAAAAUUCAGCUCGGAAGCUCCGGCCGUCGCCCACUCUCCUGUUUCCGUGUCGAAAACCACGACGGAAACCACAGUCAAAUCAUUCAUACAUAAAACUGAUGUAGAAGAACCCCAGCCUCAUUUUCCAAUCACUGCCUUGGCCCCAAAACUGUAUCAGGAAGUAGGUGCAGCCGUCAAAACCGCCUACAAAACAGAGGAUCCAGCUGGAAAUGUAUCUCUGAAAAAGGGAGUACUCGGAGUAUCCCAGGAUCAAUCAUCAUCCUUCAUAUCCCAAACUACUUCAGCCCAUCACGCCGUCACUGUGGCGUCAAAAUCCGAUCCAUCUUUACCGGAAUCCCAGACGGUCAAACCGAGAGAGUAUCCGUUUCGCCGCGACGUCAGCAGUGACCUCAAGCCAGACUCGCGUCUCUCGGCCUCGGUGAGGGCCAACACGGAUUCGCCGCCAGCUGCUACUCCCACAUUGCAGGAACCGUCGGUUAAACCUGGGGAGUACCCUUUUAAGAGAGCUCCACUUCUGAAGACAUCGAGUCCAACUCUAAAGAGAAGUGUGAGCUUCCCUCAGCCAGCAGAAAAACUUCUUCCCUCUAAACUAAUCAUCAAAACAGGUUUCGACAACAAGAAAGCUAACCCGCCCAGCGUUGACUUCAAACCAGACCCGGUGAAGUCUCACACGCUUCCUCGCCCCAGCGGGGCUCAGGCCAAGCGCGCCCUCUUCGAGAGGAUGAACUCGGAGCCGACAAAGCCUAAGGAUUCCAAGCCCAAACUGAAGCGAUCCCAGAGUUUUGGAGUUUCCAGUGCUAGUGGUAUAAAGCAGAUCCUGCUGGAGUGGUGCCGCUCAAAAACCAUUGGAUAUAAGAACAUCGACAUCCAGAAUUUCUCCUCCAGCUGGAGCGACGGAAUGGCUUUCUGUGCUCUGGUCCACUCCUUCUUCCCUCUGGAGUUUGACUACAACACGUUACAGCCCGCCAACCGCAAGCAGAACUUGCAAACGGCCUUCACCAUAGCGGAGAAACAAGCUGACUGUCUCCGUCUGAUCGAGGUGGACGACAUGCUGGAAAUGGGGGACAAGCCGGACCCAAUGUGUGUGUUUACAUAUGUCCAGUCCCUGUACAACCACUUGAAGACGUUUGAGUAACUCUGUAUCAGAGAUCUUCAUCACAAAGAUGCAUAUUGUUGUUUUGCUACAAUAUAUAACCAUCACCAAAGAAUAAGCAAUCUCCUAUUUUGAUUUGAGUUCUGUGUGUGUCUCUUUUAAAUUUGCAGUGUUUGCACUAUUGAAA